AUGUCGUUUCGGUCACUGCUCGAGGCAGCGAUGGGCGACGCGCAGGAGCUCUCGCAGGACGAAGUCGGAAGGAUUGAUGCGCAGGUGGAUCUUCUCGAUGACGACACGUCGCACUUAAAUGGAGCUCUCGCAGACGACGACAACGACGACAUUUACGUUCCACAGUCCAGUGAAGAAGAAGAAGAAGAUAACGGUGAAGAUGCUGAAGAAGACAACGAGGAAGAAGAGGAGGACUCGGAUAUUGAACGGCAGCUGUGGGGGAAAUCCCGCAAGCGCAGGAGACGAGGAGGCAGUGGCCCAGGCAGAAGACGUCGAAAAGGUGGUCUACCGGGCAAGCGCAGCGUGACAGCCACUAAAGUGCCUCCUGAACUGGCCAAUGUACUGGGUGAAGCCAACAUGCUCUAUGCCUCGCAUCAGUAUGACGAGGCUAUUGCGCUGCUCAAGGACUUUAUUAAGAAAGCGCCAACUAUCCCCGACCCGUACCAUACGUUAGGGAUGAUAUAUGAAGACCGCCAGGACCGUAUCAAAGCGCUCCAGUUCUUUUUGAUUGCGUGCACGCUGACACCGCAAGAUGCUGAGCUUUGGAAACGUGUGGGUCGCAUUGCAAAAGACGAGAAGAACUUUGAUCAGGCGCUGUUUUGCUUUAAAAAAGCAAGUAGUGCGGACCCGAAAGAUAAAGAAGCGCUUUUUAGCUAUGCGGAAUUGUGUCGUGAACAAGGCGAUAAUCGACGAGCAGCUGAAGUUUUCAAGAAACUGACUGUGCUGAUCCCGGGCGAUCUGUCGCUGUGGAUUCAAAUUGCAGAGGCGUAUCAUUGCAAUGGACAAGAAGACGAGGCUGUUGAUGCGCUGAAAAUGUGCAUCGAAAAGGCUGCGACGCUGGACCAGACGAUGAGUUUGCACUCUUCAAAGUACGAGCUAAAUGCUGUGAACAUGCUUGCAGACUUGUACAUCACGCUAAAGAAAUAUCGCGAAGCUAUUAACGUGAUUCACCACCUCCACGCACGGUAUGCAUCGGGUCAGGACCCUGACCAGGUCGAAGGUGAUCCAGGUGGCUUGCCACUCGAUAUCGCCGUGAAGUAUGGUAUCUGUCACCUUUUUGAGAGAGAUUUCGUCACGGCUGAGUUCAUGUUCACACAUCUGUUUGCCCAAGAUGUCGUAGUUUUUGGCGAUCUGUAUCUCGAUGUGGCAGAUGCAUAUAUUGCGCUUGGCGAUCAGGACCGUGAGGCUGCAGCCAUCCUUCAGCAGCUUCUAGGCCGAGAAGAGUUUUUGAUCGAGCAGAUCUGGGUAAAAUUUGCUGCAUGCCAUGAUCGUUUGGGUAUAUACGACGUUGCCGUGGAGUAUUACGAGAAAGCGUUGGCCUACCAACGCAAAUCAGCAGACUUGACAGUAAGUCCGGAAUUAAUGUUGCAGGCAAUGCAAGUUACGCGGAAGAAAAAUAGCCCGCUAAAGGGUAUUGAUUUACUCGAGCAAUAUUUGCCACAGACAAUGCGCCCGCCGAUCCGGCCUUAUUGGAUUACUUCACGAAAAGAGAAAAGCCAAGGCACAGCGUCAGCUCAUGGCGAAACUGAAAAAUUUGCAAAGGGCGACGAAGACCUUGAUGCCGAUGAACUUGAAGAGGAAGCAGAAGACGACGACGACGAAGCUGAUGACCAAACCAGAAUGGAAAUGACUCCUGAUCCGUCGUUGUCUGUAGAUGCUAUGGAGAACGGCAUACGCCUGAAACUCCUGAUUGAGUUGGGUCACCUAAAGAAACUAUCGGGCGAAGCUGAAGUACUUUGUCAAGUCGGCAUCCCCAUCAUACUCACAUCUCUUAGCCAGACAUCAUUCCGCUUAUCUGGUCGCGUAAGAAAUCCACUCGUGGAAGCGCGCGAUGUCAUUCCAGAGAGCGACGCACAGUCCGUGGGCUUCCAGGUGUUAAAAUCUGAGUAUCUGGUGGACAUUACAGACUCGCGGCAGCGCGAAUCGUUCAUGGGGAUUGUCAUGCGUGUGGCUCAGCAAAUUGUAAUUUCUCGUGCUCUUGGCGAGCAGCAGUAUUACAACCUGGUGAUUGACGUUGCACAAACGCUCACUGAGCUUGGCAAAUAUGUGGCAGCAAUCGAGCUUUUGACGGACGUGAAUACGUCGGACAAGAUUUCCAAGCCUAUUCUGCGCUUUGAGCUGCGCUUCUUAGCGCUCGUGAUCGCUUUGGAAUUCAAGGAAUAUCGGAUGGCGUACGAAUGCGCACGGUUGAAUAUCUUGGAGGAUCCACAAAAUUUGGGCUACUGGAAUUUGUUCUCGCGCGUCAUUGCUAUCACCGGUGUGUUUUCGUGGCAUCAGAAGUUCCUAGCAAAGUUGUUGCGUGACAAUCCUGAAAGCUACCCGGCCACUUUGCUUGCUGGCCACCAGUCGUCAGCGUGGGACAUUGCAUCGCUGACGGUUGGUGAACUAACCCUUGCUCACCAAAAGCACCCGAACGACUCGCUCACUCUUUUCUGCAUCGGCUUGGCCUUCCUAUCUGCGUCGAUGCAACGAACCAUCAACGAUCGGCAGCACACUGUGGUAAAGGCGUUUGCAUUUUUGCAGCAGUAUGAGCGUGUUCGCAUCGCUGCUCCAAGUGAUAUCGUAUCGGAAAUUCGUCAGGUGGAGGCCUGGUACAACAUUGGUCGCGCUCACCAGCAAUUGGGUUUGUAUCACCUUGCAAUACCAAUGUACGAGCGGGUGCUGCGAUUUUUCGCCACAAGCAAGGAGCAAAAUCGUGAGGUGCCUCCAGAAUACAUGAUCUGCAAGGAAACAGCUUACAAUCUGUCUCUCAUCUACAAGCAGAGCGGAGCCAACGACCUGGCUCGAUACCUCGUUGUAAAAUAUUUGACCAUCGGUUAG